GAUGAAGCUCAGAAUUUACACAGAACCUCUGACUAUAAAAAUGCAGUCUCCUGCCGUUGUUUUACUCUCUCUAUCCUUACAGAUAUCUCAAUCUCAAACAACAACAUGAAAUACUCACUUGCUCUCCCUCUCUCCCUUCUCGGACUCGCGGCCUCUGCUGCUGCUCAAGUCGCAAACGUCACCCUCGAAGUCAUCUCCUCAGACUCCACAAUCGACGGCAAAUUUCUGACUUCCAUCCACGAGAGCGCCGGCGUCAACUACGUCUUCCUCGCUGACUCUGGCGAUUCCUACAUUUACGACUACGGCGUCAACACCUUUUUCGGAACCAGCUUUGCCGGCGUUUCCGCGUUGCUCCAGGUCGAUGAUGAGCUCCUCACCGUCUCUGUCUUGGAUGGAUACACCAAAUUCGACAUUGUCAAAGGCAACACCCUCGCCGUCAACGGCUCGUCCUCUGGCUUCUACGCUUGCAAGAACACGGGCGACCCUUACUCCUACUCUACCUCGGCCUACCAGGCAAUGUUCUACAGCAGCGACGCUCCUUCAGACUGCAUCCCCUUCACAAUCGAGUACGUCCUUGUCGGACAAUCCGCCAAGAACUCCUCAAGCACCACAUACUCCAACUCGACCACCAACGCGACCUCCACUUCUGUUCCUACCGCUACUUACACCGGUGGUGCUGGCAUGCUCAAGGCCAGCGCCGCUUUGACCGUCGGUGUCGUUGGCGCUGCUUUGGCUCUCGUCCUCUAA